CAGAAAUAGAGGUGUGACCAACACAAGUAUACCAGCUGACUAGGCAACACAGGAAAACAUUCUCAGUGCAGAUACUGACAUAUGGCAUCAAGACGUAACGUUCGUUACACACCUCUUCCUGUAGAGGGUGGGGAGUACAACAAUCUUACUAAAGAAGAUGUUGAUCUUCGGUUCGCUUACACUCCAAAAUCCUACAGGAGGAUCCCCUGGAAGUCAAUUGCACUGGCAUUGUUCCUCCUCCUCCUAGGAACUUCACUUCUCUUCCUUUCAUACUUCAUAUUCACAGGUCACAUGGAGGGUGAUAGUUCUCUGGCAUAUGGUCUCUUGUUCCUGGGCUUCCUUGCCUUCCUUCCUGGCUUUUACGAAACUCGAGUUGCUUACUAUUCGUGGCGAGGAGCACCAGGGUACACCUUUGCAUCCAUACCGGAUUAUUAGCGCCUCAGUUCCUGCCGCCGUCGGUGCAGUAAAGUGGCAAGCGAGCAGCCUGGAACUUCAACUGGGAACCAAUUUUAGCGAUAAACAUCUAGCAUGUAGAUGUAGUGACUCUGCUCAUUGUUGUGUUCUAAAAUAGGAUUGUAUUACUGCAUCGGCCAGUGAAAGAAUAAUCCUUAUUCUAUUGUAAAGGACGAAAGCUGAUUUCGCACUUGAUAUUUUCUAUGUCCAUUGCUGCUGCACAGCUACCUCAGGAAUAUGUUCUACAA